GAGCUGCCGCUUCCCGCCCCCGAGCCGGAUCCGGUGCCGAGCGGAGCGGAGCCGGCCCAGCGGGUGCCGAGCUCCCGCCAUGGCCCGGAACACACUGUCUUCGCGCUUCCGCCGGGUGGACAUCGACGAGUUUGACGAGAACAAAUUCGUGGACGAACAGGAGGAGGCGGCGGCGGCGGCGGCAGAGCCAGGCCCGGACCCUAGCGAGGUGGAUGGGCUCCUGCGGCAAGGGGACAUGCUCCGGGCGUUUCAUGCAGCCUUGAGGAACUCUCCUGUCAACACCAAGAAUCAAGCUGUGAAGGUAAAGGGGGUCACACUGCAGCUGUCUUUGCUGGGUGUUGUUGGGACCUGUCUCCCCAGCUGGAACAGGCAGCACCUGUUCCAUCUCUGUAUGAGUGGGAGUGAGUUGGCACUGGGCAGUGCUUCCACGGAAGCUUCCUGGCAACCCCCAGAUGUUGAGGCUCCUCUGACAUCAAAGCUGUCAGUAUUUAUAGUAAAAGCUCCCCAAAGAAACAUCUACUUCUUCCCAGGUCUCAUGAG